AUGCGCGCUCUUACCCGAGAGCUCUUCCGCCUGGGCAGCCGCAGUGCAACAGAAGCUGCUCGAGCCCGACCUCUGCUGCAUGCCUCGCAGCAGCUCCGCCUCUUCAGCGAGGGCCGCCUCGCCUCCACGCAGCUGUCCAGCGACGAGGAGAUGAUCCGCGGCGCCGCCGAGUCUUUUGCAACGGAGAUCCUGGCUCCGAAGGUCCAGGAGAUGGACCGGGAUGCCAAGAUGUCCCCGGAGAUUCUGAAGGCGCUCUUCGAGAACGGUCUCAUGGGCAUCGAGGUCCCGGAAGACCUCGGCGGGGUCGGCCUCGGAUUUACGGCCGCGUGCCUGGCCAUCGAGGAGCUGGCGCGGGUGGACCCAGCAGUGGCUGCUAUGGUGGACAUCCACAACACCUUGAACGUCACCGCUUUCAGCAGAUAUGCAACCCCAGAACUACGGGAUCAAUAUUUGGCGCGCAUGGCCACAGAUACCGUGAGCAGCUUCUGCCUCUCCGAACCUGGUAGUGGCUCGGAUGCCUUCGCGCUCUCCACGCGAGCGGUGAAGGAUGGUAACGACUGGAUCAUCAACGGCAGCAAGUGCUGGAUAUCGUCCAGCCUGGAGGCAGGUGUGUUCAUCGUCUUUGCUACGGUGGAUCCCAGGAUGGGCCACCGAGGCAUCACGGCCUUUGUGAUGGACCGGGAUACCCCAGGGCUCAGCAUUGGGAAGAAGGAAGACAAGCUCGGCAUUCGUGCGUCGUCGACCUGCGAGGUGAUCUUAGAAGGCUGCCGCGUUCCCUCCAGCGCCGUGCUGGGAGAGGUCGGCAAGGGCUACAAGAUCGCCAUCGAGCUGCUGAACGAAGGACGGAUCGGCAUCGGCGCCCAGAUGGUGGGACUGGCGCGAGGGGCCUUCGACUAUGCCUUGCAGUACAUGGUCUCAAGGAAGCAGUUCGGCCAACCUGUGGCCGACUUCCAAGGCAUGCAGUUCCAAUAUGCACGGGCCGCGAUGGAAAUCGAAGCCGCCCGGGUGUUGGUGUAUAAUGCCGCCAGGCUCAAGGAGAGCGGUGAGCCUUUUGUGAACGAAGCCUGCUUCGCGAAACUCAAGGCGUCCGAAGUUGCUCAGAGCGUCUCCUCACAGUGCAUCGACUGGCUCGGUGGUGUCGGCUUCACCAAAGAGUUUCUCGCGGAAAAGUACUACCGUGAUGCCAAGAUCGGCACUAUCUACGAGGGCACCAGCAACAUCCAGCUCCAGACGAUUGCGAAGAGCAUCCGCCAGCAAUUUCCCGACGAGUAG